GAGAGCGCACGUCUCUUUCUCACGAAUGUUGGGAGAAAGAUUUCGAAUUUCGAAUGAAGAUUUCACUUUUUUCAGUUUGAUUCGUAGACUGAUAAUUAUUUCGGAAGAUUUUAAAAAAGGAACGAAGACAUUCUAACUUAAAACUUGAUUCUUAAAAUAAUAUAUUUGAAUAUAAAAAUAAUUUGGAAAAAGUUAAAGUUGCCAGUGUUUUCUGUGGAUUAAAGUGUUACAGUGUUAUUGGAAUUUGUCAUAGUUUGUUUUUAUGUCCUAAUUACUUUGACAAUGCCAGCACACUCAUAAUCCAUGAUAGCCGUGACAGAACUGGAUCUCGUCGACACCCUACAAUGGAACUCUACUCAAUUAGAAACAGAACUUGUCAUCGCAAACACGGGCGGAGAAAACAACGACUCCAAUAACAAUAGGAGCGUUUACAACAUCGUUGAAGUUGAGGCGAAAGCGCCGAUACUAACGUCAAUUUGCCAGAACACUUCGAAAUUCAAUCUUAGUGAGUUGUGUGAAACAGAUGAUUAUGAUCCGUUUGAGAUUAGUGUAGUGAUAGUGCUGUGCCUGCUAAUAGUGGUAACUGUGAUAGGCAAUACUUUAAUAAUCUCGGCUGUGGUGACAACGAAGCGUUUGCGGACUGUGACAAAUUGCUUCGUGACGAGUUUGGCUGUUGCCGAUCUGUUGGUGGGCAUCUUCGUGAUGCCGCCGGCUAUUGCUGUCCAUAUAAGUGGUAAAUGGGAGCUGGGCUGGAUCCUCUGCGAUAUAUGGAUUAGCCUGGACAUCCUCCUAUGCACCGCAUCAAUCCUGUCCCUAUGCGCCAUCAGUGUCGACCGCUACCUGGCGGUGACCAGACCGCUGACCUAUUCCAGGAGAAGACGGUCCAAGAAACUGGCUCUAACGAUGAUUUUCUUCGUAUGGAUCGCUGCUGGGGCUAUCACUUGUCCACCUAUGUUUGGAUGGUACGAACCAGAUCACAACCAGGGUGGAAUCUGCCGGUACAACCAGAAUCCGGGCUACGUGGUAUUCUCAGCCAUGGGGUCCUUCUUCCUGCCCAUGGCUGUCAUGGUCUACGUCUACGCGAGGAUCUCCUGCGUGGUUGCCAGGAGACACCAGCAGCUGGCGAGCACCAGCACUAAGUGUAAUAAGAGACCAAAGUUAUCCUGCAUCAGAACCGAGUCAGACUCCGGUUCAGAUAAGCUGUCUCUUCGACAGAACAUCUCGAAACAAAUUUCGAGAAACUCUAACCAGCAAAGCGACUGUUCCUCUCAGAGCGACCAGAAAUGCCCUUGUUGUUUCCGAGCGGAAAAAAAACGACCAAAGCUCUAUAAAGCUAAAGAAAAAGAAUCGAGAUUCUACAACGAAGUUACAUUCAAGGCUAAUUUUAAAUACAAGAGUACGGGUAGACACAGAACUCAUUCUGUUAAAGAACAUAAUAUGGAGAACAAUAGAGUCUCUUCUUUGAGGAGAGAGACAAAAACUGCGCAGACUCUGAGUCUUGUGGUUGGAGGGUUUGUCGCCUGCUGGUUGCCGUUCUUCCUCUACUAUCUACUCACUCCUUUCAUUCCACAUAGUUAUGUGAACCCAGUACUGAUGUAUGUGAUGACAUGGCUCGGUUGGUUCAACUCCGCCAUAAAUCCAUUCAUAUAUGCGUUCUAUUCUCCUGAUUUUAGGUUAGCUUUUUGGAGGUUAACUAUUAAGAAAUGUAAGAGGACUAAGCGUUAGUCUAUGGUCAGUAUACUGCUGUAGUCAUUUGUUUUUUUUAGUAGAGCUGUGAUUAUGAGAGCUUUUAUGUAGACUGUCGAGUAUGUCAAACAGUGAAAAUGUUACUAAUGUUGAAAUGGCAAACAUAUUUUUCCUAAUUAAAGCACAUAAUAACGGGUUUUUACCGCGUUUAAAUGGGGAUAUGAGACUCCCGAUAUUUUGACACUGUUGCAAGUGCCAUGAUCACGGGAUGACUGAUGAGAUUCGA